UUGCCUUGACUGGCAUCAGUGUAUGCGCUUGAGACUCUGCAUUUCUUGGUAUUCCCUUUUUCAACCUGACUCUUGAAGGGAAAGGAGGAAAAUCUUGCAGGUAAAGAAGGUUUCCGCCUGUCUUCACUGAUCUUUUGCUUCUUUCUUCCCCAGGGAAAUGAGGAUUCUAUGGAGCCACCUCUUGGGUGCAGUAAGGAAACCAAUAAAAUAGGAAGAAGGAAUAAUCCAAGGUGAUGCUCUUGCUGAAUUCUUGACUUCACUCACAGAUAAGAAAGAGAAAAAGUAGUGCCAAGUAUCUGUAUUGCAACCAUAUCACUGUUCACAUGGAGGAGAAAGCAUUUAAAUGCCUGGAGUGCGGAAAGAGUUUUACUCAGAAGGCUUAUCUGCAGCAACAUGAACGGACUCACACUGGGGAAAAGCCCUAUAAGUGCCUGGAGUGUGGACAGAGCUACCCUCAUAGUUCAACGCUACGUUCGCAUCAAAGAAUUCACACUGGGGAGAAACCCUAUACAUGCUUGGAGUGUGGACAGAGCUUCACUUUUAAUUCAGGUCUACGUGUGCAUCAAAAGACUCACACUGGGGAGAAACCCUAUAAAUGCCUGGAGUGUGGACAGAGCUUCACUCAGAAUUCACAUCUACAUUCGCAUCAAAGGACACACACUGGGGAGAAACCCUAUAAAUGCUUGGACUGCGGACAGAGCUUCACUCAGCAUGCACACCUACGUUCACAUCAAAGGUUACACACUGGGGAGAAACCCUAUAAAUGCUUGGACUGCGGACAGAGUUUCACUAAGAAGGGAACUCUGGAUGUCCAUCGAAGGACUCACACUGGGGAGAAGCCCUAUAUAUGCCUGGAGUGCGGACAGAGCUUCACUCACAGUGGAAGUCUACGGUUGCAUCAAAGGACUCACACUGGAGAGAAACCCUAUAAAUGCUUGGAAUGUGGACAGAGCUUCAAGCAGAAUGGAAAUCUAAAGUGUCAUCAGAGGACUCACACUGGGGAGAAACCCUAUAAAUGCUUGGCAUGUGGGCAGAGCUUCACUCAGAAGUCACAACUACAGAAGCAUCAAAGGACUCACACUGGGGAGAAACCCUAUAAAUGCUUGGAGUGUGGACGGAGCUUCAGUGAGAAUGGAAAUCUACGUUUGCAUGAAAGGACUCACUCUGGGGAAAAACCUUAUAAGUGCCUUGAGUGUGGACAGAGCUUCACUUGUAAUUCAGGUCUACGUUCACAUCAAAGGACUCACACUGGGGAGAAACCCUAUAAAUGCUUAAUGUGUGGACAGGUCUUCACUCAUAGUUCAGCUCUACGUUCACAUGAAAGGACUCACACUGGGGAGAAACCUUAUACAUGCCUGGAAUGUGGAAAGAGCUACACUCAAAGUUCAAUGCUACGUUCGCAUCAAAGAAUUCACACUGGGGAGAAACCCUAUACAUGCUUGGAGUGUGGAAAGAGCUUCACUUACAAAUCAGGUCUACAUUCACAUCAAAGGACCCACACUGGGGAGAAACCCUAUAAAUGUCUGAAGUGUGGACAAAGCUUCACUCACAGUGGAAAUCUACAUUCGCAUCAAAGGACUCACACUGGGGAGAAACCCUAUAAAUGUCUGAAGUGUGGACAAAGCUUCACUCACAGUGGAAGUCUACAUUCGCAUCAAAGGACUCACACUGGGGAGAAACCCUAUACAUGCUUGGAGUGUGGACAGAGUUUCACUCAGCAUGCACACCUGCGCUCACAUCAAAGGACUCACACUGGGGAGAAACCCUAUAAAUGCUUGGAGUGUGGACACAGCUUCACUAAAAGUGGAAAUCUACGAUUGCAUCAAAGGACCCACACUAGGGAGAAACUCUAGAAAUGCAUAGUGUGUGGGAAGAGCUUCUCUGAGAGUUCAAAUCUACAUAGACAUAGAAUUCACAUCGAAAAGAACUGUAGUGUUUGAUCCCAGAGAGACUCCUUAAAACAAAGCUUUGCAAACUUUUCAUGUUGGUGACACUCUUUUUAGACAUGCAUUCUUUCGCAACAUGGUAAUUCAGUUCAACUAGUA